AUGUCGAAUACUAACGCAACGUCCAAAGGACGGUCCACCGAUGACAAUGUUAACCUCAGAGAAACACCUGACGUUUCUGAAAUCACACCUUUACUUCAGGUUCCAACACAACCAUUUUCUGUAACAGACGAUACAAAUUCUGUGAUAGAUGAGUUCCCAAGGCUAGAAGAUACUCCUAUGUCGGAUGUAGAUGGAGAUGCCUUGUAUGAUUUAAAGGAAACCUUUUAUCUAAUAAGAAAAGCGAUACCAGUUCUUUUGACAUAUCUUAUGCAAUAUUCGUUACAGGUUGCUUGUAUUUUUUCGUUAGGGCAUUUGGGAUCAGUAGAAUUGGCCGCUGCUGCAUUGGCUUCAAUGUACGCCGCGGUAACUGGUUGGUCUGUCGCUAUGGGUGCUGCAUCAGCAUUAGACACACUAUGCUCGCAAGCAUGGACAUCAGGUAAUCCAAGAAUGGUAGGCGUAUAUCUACAACGAUCCAUUAUUAUAAUUCUACUUGGAUUUUGUCCGAUUGCCAUCACUUGGUGGGAAGCAAAUAAUAUUCUCGUCUUACUCGGACAAGACAAAGAGCUGGCUCAAAAAGCGGGCAUUAUGAAAGCUGGCACUUAUGUUUUGAUAGUAUGUUCGAUUACGAAUGCCCUAUUAAACUAUGCAUUAGUCUGGUAUGAACCAAUAUCUCUUGGUUUUAUCGGUGCACCAGUCGCAACGUCGACAACCUAUUGGCUUAUGCUUAUUCUCUUGACUUUAUAUACGAAAUAUGUGGAUGGCUAUCAAGCAUGGGGCGGUUGGACACGUUCUUGUCUUCGCGACUGGGGCUCAUUCUUAAGACUCGCUUUGCCGGGUAUUUUAAUGGUGUGCGCUGAGUGGUGGGCAUUUGAAUUGGUCGCUCUUGCUGCUGGAUACCUUGGAAGUGUUGCGUUGGCAACUCAAAGUAUCGUAUUAACAACCGCGAGCUUAUUCUACCAAACGCCAUUUGGUAUUGCGGUGUCUACUUCCAACAGAGUUGGCAACUUUCUUGGUGCUGGGUUGGCUGGUCGUGCCAAAAUGUCAGCUAAAAUGUCACUGGUGCUCUCUGUCGUUUUUGCCUGUGUAAAUACAUCUAUCUUAUUGGUCUUUAAAAAUGAAUGGGGAUAUUUGUUUACCAAGGACCAGGAAGUUGUUGACAUGGUGGCAAAUAUCCUACCAUUGUGUGCUUAUUUUCAGAUUUCAGAUGGAAUAUCCGCAAUAAGCGGUGGUAUUCUCCGUGGCCAGGGGCGUCAAAAACUUGGGGCAAUAUGCAAUCUUGCCGGAUAUUAUUUGGUUGCGCUUCCAUUGGGCCUUUCUCUUGCAUUCAAAUAUAAUCUUGGCUUAAAGGGAGUUUGGAUUGGCUUAACGUGUGCAUCAUAUCUCGUGUCAUCCGCUAUAUGCUGGGCAAUUAUCAACACAGAUUGGAAAUGGGAAGUGGAAGAGUGUCGUCGCCGAAUUAAAAUUGUUAAUGCCGAAAUGAAAACUAAUGGUAUGCGAAAUGGUUAUGGCACAGAUUUGGAAGAAGGCUUUCCUGGAGAUAAUACAAGUAUGGCAGCAGGCGUUGGAAAUGAGAACCAAAUUAUUAAUAUGCCCACCGAAAAUACACCUUUAAUUUCUUCGUCUGGGACUUCGAGAGAUGAGGUGAAAACCUCUCCAUCACAACAAUCACCUUAUGCAGUGAAUCAAAACAUCAACAUAUCUGAUGCUUUAGCUGAUAAUUUAAUUUCCUCUUCUAUUGAUGGAACGUCAAUUUUUAUUCCUGGACAAGAAAAAUUAUUUGAUUAUAAUGAAGCAAAAUUUCUGAUAAAGAAAGCAACGCCUUUGUUAGUCACUUAUCUUUUACAAUAUACCUUACAAGUUGCUAAU